AUGCUCGCCAAGGUUACGCAAGAAAGGCGGCAGCAGGAUUACGACUGGUUGCGGCCGCUGUCGUACUCGGACACAGCCGUGAUCCUGAUGCGCUUCAGCAUUGACUCACCCAACUCCCUGGAGAGCAACCUGGAGUCGGGCAGGCUGGAGGUACGACACUUCUUCCCCAGCGUGCCUACCAUCUUUGGGGGGACCGAAGGACCCGUACACGCUGUCGGAGCUCGCCAAGGAGAAUCAGGGGUGGCAGGAGGACCACGACCCGUUGCGGCCAGUGUCGUACCCUUCUGUGCUUCAGCAUUUACUCACCCGACUCCCUGGAGAACCACCCGGAGUCGGGCAGGCUUGAGGUACGCCACUUCUGCCCCAGCGUGCCUACCAUCUUUGCGGGGACCGAAGGACCCGUACACGCUGUCGGAGCUCGCCAAGGAGAAUCAGGGGUGGCAGGAGGACCACGACCCGUUGCGGCCAGUGUCGUACCCUUCUGUGCUUCAGCAUUCACUCACCCGACUCCCUGGAGAACCACCCCGAGUCGGGCAGGCUUGA